CUGAGGAAGAGUGGAGCAGUUUUUUUCUCAACUGGAAGGAGAGAUCAUAACUGUCUUGUGUGUAUUACUGUCUUCCAUUAUUUUUCAAACCCACUUCUCCUAAAACCAACUCCCACCUUUAAGACUCUUUAACUGCCAUGUACUUUCAUGUUCCAUGUUGGUUCAGUUAGCCCCUUCACCUUCUCCAAAAACUUCUCCCAACUAAAAACUGAAAACAAACUCAGUUUUAAUCUCUCAUCUUCUUUAAACUACAGCAUGCAAAACACCAGCACCAGCUUUAGUUUCAUAAAUAUUGAUCACUGCUACUUGUUGAGGAAAGCUGAUAGGAAAACAGAGUGAAAUAUUAGAAGAUGUUCGAUUUUUUGUUUGGGUGGAGAAAAGCUUCUAAAUGCAAGAAGCUGAUCAAGAGAAUUCAGUGCCGGCUCAAACUGUUGAAGAGCAAAAGGUAUUCAAUUGUGAGGCAAUUAAGGGAGGACGUAGCUCAGCUCGUCAAGAUUGGCUAUGAAGAUAUUGCCUUUAAUAGGGCUGAGCAGCUCUUCAAAGAUGAAACCGUCAUGGAAAUUUACGAACUAUUGGAAAGUUUCUGCGAAUUCAUUAUCGUGCAUAUUUCGUAUAUUCGCAAGCACAAGGAAUGUCCCAAUGAUAUCAAUGAAGCAGUUUCAAGUCUUAUAUAUGCCUCUGCAAGAUGUGGGGAUCUACCCGAGCUUCGUGCAAUUCGAAAGCUCUUUAGAGAGCGUUAUGGCCAGAGAUUUGAAAUGACAGCUCUUGAAUUAUUGCCUGGCAAUCUUGUCAACUUUCAGAUAAAAGAGAAAUUGUCUAUUCAAUUAGUUCCUGAUUAUGUGAAGCAAAAAUUGGUUGAUGAAAUAACUAGAGAUUACUCCCUCAAGCCAGAGAUUUUGGCACUCGAAUACACUUCUGAAUUGCAACGACAGGCGAACGAGGAAUGCAAUAUUCAACAGGCUGACAUAAUUAGUGCUUGUCAUAGUUGUUCUAUGGUUGAUCAAUCUUCGCCGAAUAUAAUGGAGUCUCCAAUGAAUAGCACAGAAAAUAUUUUUGAACAUAUUGCUUUAGGUGCAAAAGAUAGUGAGACUAUUAACAAGUCAUACAUAGUUGAUUGCCAAAAACUGACAGCAUCUUCUUCAGAAAGUCUCCCUCAGUUUCAUGAGGAAAUAGUUUACCUUGAUGAUAUAGAAGAGGUUCAAUGUUCCGUUGCAAAAGAAGGAAACUUUCAAGACCAAAGAAUUUUCAAGUUCAGAUCAUCUUUAAACAUUUGUAAGAAGGGAAAAGAGGAAGAUUGUUGUGAUAUAGAGUGUAUGGAAAAAUAUGAAUCAUUGAGUGAUUGUUCAAGCUCAAGUAGUUCUAAAAGGAGGGUAAAGACAGUCAAGAAAAGAUCAAGAAGAAGAAGAAGAUCUGUUUCUACAGAAAAUACUUUUGUAAAAGACAUUGAAUGUGUUAUUUAUUAUGACAAGCCAUACAAAAGAUCUCAUUUUCAAAGUCCAGACACAGAAAUGGAAUGGUAUGCCUUCUCUAAUAGGCCUAUUAGUCCUCUUACAAGAAAAGCAGCAAAGCCUCCUUAUUUGAGAGCCAUGACAAUGCCUCAAGAGAGGCAUAAAGGGGAUCGAACAGAAAAUGUUUUAAGAUCAAAGUCAUUUCCCAUUCAAUCUCCUUAUCAUGUGCAUCCUAAAUUGCCAGAUUAUGAUGAUAUUGCAGCAAAAUUUAUGGCUCUCAAGAAAGAGCAUCUGCAGAAUAUACAGCACUGAAGCAAUUCAUGCAUAGGAAUAGAAUGAUUCUUUCUUUCUGCAA